GAUGCGCUGGCCAAGGAGAAAGUAAUAACCCAUCCCAAACUUUCGCAGAUCUGAUGGUCCUGGAAGGACAAGGCAACCCGGAGCAGCCGUGCCCCUCCCGAUGAGCACCCAGCGUGACUAGCUGUAGCGAGGAGGGGCCGCGCGCCCAUCAGGCUGGACGGUCCCCACGUUGCGCCCACCCUGCUGCCAAAACGCUGCCGCUCAGGGCAUAGAACGCAGGAUCACAGAGGCAGACACACCGUGCGACUCCAGACUGGCAGCAGGCUCCUUGGAAGGGACAUUGUACGUGCAUCGAGAAGGGAAAAGGGACACUGGACUUAACAGCGUCGCUCAGCCCAACGGGGUGGCGGGGACCUGCCCUUGGACGCGCGGGCGAGAGUCACUAUUGGCUUGGGAACUGAGCGAAGAGAAAUCUAAGGGUUUAGAGAAGUCGGAUUCAACAGAAAUGUCGAAAGAUAUCAAACGUAGCCACCGGAGUCCGGAAGCUUAAUAACCGCCGGGUCACUGUGACCCCAGGAACGACAGUGACUGACACGCGCGCAGACCAGGAGCUCGCCGGGGAUCCGCGGGUCUACCGGCCGGAGCCACCUCCCCAACGAGGGACGCGGGUGCAGACGCCCACGGCGGGGGUCCAGAAAGCGACAUGCAGCGCGCAGCCUCCGGACUGGCCGGGCUGGGGAAACUCCUGGGCGGCGCGGCGCGACGGUGACCCGUGCGGGUGCGAGGGGUGUGCCCGGCCCCGCCCGCGCGCCCCUCCCCGCGGAGGCCGCGCAUCCAGGGGCGGCGCGGAGCCGAGCCGCUCGCCCAGCCGCCAGUGCCCGCGAGCGCCGCGCCUGCUCGGGGAAUCCACAUCGCUGCUGCUAGACGCUUCUCGCUCACGCUCGCUCUCUCCCAGGCUUGCCUCCCAUGGCUUUUGCUCUGCCGCGGGAGCCUAGCCACUAACCAAGAAACUUUUCCAGCUGUCUCUUCUCCCCACCCCCUUCCAGGAGAGGAUUAAAAGUUCCAAGAACUGGUGCCGCCAGUGCCACUUGGGUACUCGCCGGCGAGUUCCUAGUCUCAGCCAUGUGCACCAACAUAGUUUACGAGUGGCUGAAAGCGUUACAGCUCCCGCAGUACGCCGAGUCCUUCGUGGAUAAUGGCUACGAUGACCUGGAAGUGUGCAAGCAGAUCGGAGACCCGGACCUGGAUGCCAUCGGGGUGCUGGCUCCAGCGCACCGCCGGCGCAUCCUGGAGGCUGUGCGCCGGCUGCGGGAACAGGACGCGGCCGCCGCCGGCCUCUACUUCACGCUCGAGCCGCAGCCGGUGCCACCCGCACCGCAGGUGGACCCGGUGCCCCCAGGCCGCCGGGGGGAGCCAUGUGGCGGCUCGGCCCAGGGUACUCGCGGGGACCCCCGUGGCCAGACGAGCGCUCCCCGCAGCAGGGAGCUGGUGAGCUACCCCAAGCUGAAGCUGAAGAUCAUGAUCCGGGAUAAGCUGGUCCGCGAUGGCAUCCACCUGAGCAAGCCCCCGUACUCGCGCAAGGUCCCAAUGGCUGGCAUCCUAGAGUACUUAAUGAAUUGGCCGAAGUCAUCACAGAACCGCUAGAUAUCAUUUUUGAGAGCCCGUGGAGGACUGAUGAGGUGCUGAAGACUGAAAGGGGCAUAUUUAGAAUCUUCUUUCACAAAGGGAACUGGAUGGUGACUCUGGAAACACUCAUCAGCUUAAAUGUCUUGCUUGGAAAAUUCUGGAAUAAUCAACUUAGUAAGCUGAACCACUUACUUGUAGCUAGAAAUAAGGCAGUGACAUACCGCCCAUGAAAAGAUAUUGAACUUGGUUUUAAAAGGAUACUCCAUGCAGGAAGAAGUCUGAUACAUCUCUUGGAAUUUCUCUCCUUUGCUUUUUGAAAUUUUCAUCAUCCUAGAUGGGAUUGAUUAAGACUUGUGGGUAAUUGCUAAAUUUGAGUAUACUAUACAAAAGUAGGUUUCUUACAGUAGCUAAUUAAUUAUACCACUUUCAAAUUAGCCUCUAUCUCAAGAACAGUAAUUUUCAUCUCACAUUUUAACAUACAUGUCAUUUUACUUUGCAUAGGGCUUUGUUUUCAUUAAGCUAUAAUAUUUCAUAUAAUCCUAUAUAAAGAAGUUUGGUGAAGGAACUUUUAUUUUAGGUGCUUUAUAUAGUAAUUUCACAUAUGAGUAUAACCACAACACUAACAGAGUAAGGAAGAAAUUAUUUUCUGACUUUUAAAAUUUAAUGUGGUGGAGGUGUGGCUGUUAUGUUAAGAGUACCCUGUCCUGACGUGAUAUUGAAGACAUAUCAGCUGUUUAUUCUUCCUUGCCUGGAGACUUCUCCAGCUUCCCCUUCCCAUGAUGCCCUGUCUCCCUCUCUUUAGUGGGCUUCUGAUACCAGUUUGGGGGCAGAGAAGUGGACUGUGGCAAUAGGUAAGAGGACUUGUUCAUGGACCUGUGCUGGAGGAGAACAGAGGAAAUUGAGUGGGCAUAAGAAAAUUAAGAUGAAUCUAGAGAUUUUUUUCUUUCUCAUCAUUAUUUCCUUUGGGUGUUGGUAGUUUGAUUUUCUGCUAAGAAAAUGCAACAGUGAUGAUGGAGUCUGAACUUAGAUGAGAGAAGGCUAUGGGAGGUUUAACAAUGCUGGCAGGCUUCUGGGGCUGUCAAGUUUAGAGAGCCUGCCAGCUGUCCUGUAUUGCAGAACCGUCCCUUCACUACUCAGAAGGACAUCCAAGAUGCAAGCUUGUGUCACUAUAAUUAUGGACAAGAACAGGAAACUUUUAAAGGCAAGAGACAAGGCACCUUGUCUCUAGGAAUAGGUAGGCAAUUAAGAAAGGGCUUAGAUUUCCAAAGGCAUUCAUGGAACAAUACUGUUUUUAAAAUAUAAAGUUCAAACACUGGAGCUGCCUAAAUUCAGAGAUAAAUUUAGGCACCAUGCAAAGCCUUUCUCAAGAUUAAAUACAAAUGUAAGGAAAUUAGCUUCUAAGAGCAUGUGUGAGUUGUUCCUUCUGUGCUACAUACAAUCAAACACUCAUCACCUUUUCAAAUAAGCUGGUCUUUAAAAUACCUGUUAGACUUUUUUUUUUUUUUUAAAGAGGUAUGGCUGUCUGCAUAGCUUACUGAUAUGAUUUAUUGUGAUAAUGGCUUCCUGGUUGAGACCUCAUUUCCAGGUGCCACAUCUGUGACAGAUUUAUUCCACAGAUGUACAUUUGCAUGCAUUUGUUGAACUGUGGCUAGCAAAGACCCCAUUUCUGGAAAAAAAAAAAUCUAUUAUUUACCCUGGAGGCAAUAAGAAUCGAAUCCUCUACAACCAAACAGGGCUCUCACGUCUUUUCAAGUUUUAUUCUCCAUUUGACUGAUGUCCAACUUCAAUUAUCUGGCUAAAUUUAAAUCUUGUCUCUAUGCCACUAUUGAAAUUUGAAAUUAACAAUAACCUAUCUUAAUUAUGAGUCACAAUUUAAAAUGGUAGAAUUGCCAGUGGUAUGAAGGACUUCUUAGGUAAAGAUAGAAGAAUUAAACUCUGUGAAGAGAAUCAGUGGAAAGAAGCUUGCUAACCCCUGUGCAUUAAGUCAAGAUGAGGUAAGAUAGCAUAUCAAAGGAAUUCUGACCUUGGAUUGUAUCUUUCAGGACUAAUCUUUAGGAAGAGACAAUUUCUCACUGUGUCUUUUCCUUUUUUCUAAACACUCAUGAUUUCCUUAAUAUCUGAAUGUGAAAGAUGAAAAUAAGACAGGAAGAUUCAUGUCUUGAUGAUGUCAAUUCAUAGUUCUCUCUAAAAUAAGUCAUAAGCGUCAGGGUCUUAUUUCAUAAUAUUGAGAGGUAUAGAGAAAAAUAGGAAAAGUUUUUUCAUCUUAAAAAAAUUGGGGAAUGUAUAAAGAAAUCUUAAUCAUGCAAAAUGUUGCUUUCUCAAGUAUGACAGCACACAUGUGUAAUCCCAGCAGAAUUUCAAGUCCAAGGCUAGCCUGGGCU